GGGGGAAGGAUCAUACAUUAACUCCUGCCGGCUGCGGGAAAUAGUCUCCAGUUGACAGAAGCCAAGAGAGAGGGACGCACUGAGAACGACGCGACAAAUGAACCCUAAAUCCGCGUAAUUUUCUUUUUUUCUUCUCUCUCUCUUCCUUUCGCGACACGUUGUUUUCCAGGAGAUUUUUACGCACCGACUUAGAGUGCGGGAAAACGCCGCAGAGAUGAGUGUUGCGUGGUUUUCUGUGCUCCUGAAGGAACCCGUCUCCUGAUAAAGGGACCAAAGAGGACAAAACAAGGCUGUCCAUGAGAUUUCCCAAGCGAAGAUCGCAAAGGUGGAGCGAUUAGAGAAGGGCUGAUGAAGGGACUAUUAAUCCUUUCUGUGCAUCAAAAGCACCAAAGGGUACUAGAAACGUUUGGAUGGAAAUCGGGCGAGUGUUUGGAACUGUUUUUGGUUUUAUAUGAAACUGGUGAUUAGUUGUGACACCUCUGAAGGGACCUUCUUUUUGCUUUAGAUUCUAAUAAGGAGGAUUUUAAUUUAUUUUUUUCGGUUGUAUGACAUGAGCGGUUUCUCGGUGUGAAAUUUCAGAAACUCUCCUCUGCUCUUUUUUUUUUUAAUUGUUUCUCUCUUCAAGUAUUCCCACAUCUAAAUGGAAUUAGUUGAGUCUGAAGCCAUUUGUGAAAGGAACAGACAUGGUACAUGGGCACAGCUUCCAUCACGUUGUUGCAAGUCUACUCAUACUUGGGUUGUCUGGGGCAACAAAGAAGGACACAGCAGUGAAAAACAAUUCUGGAGUGAAGCCCGCGGGUCAAUGUGGAACGUGGGUGAAAGAACCAGAAGGAGGGCUCUUCACUUCUCCCAAUUACCCAAACAAAUACCCCCCAGACACAGAGUGUGUUUACAUCCUUGAAGCUCCGCCGAGGCAGUGCAUCGAUCUACACUUUGAUGAGAAUUAUUCAGUCGAGUCCUCUUGGGAAUGUAAAUUUGACAACAUCGAGGUCCGGGAUGGACCCUUCGCCUUCUCCCCGAUACUCGGACGAUACUGCGGCCAGCACAGCCCGCCUGAUAUCAGGAGUAGCGGCAGAUAUCUGUGGAUAAAAUUUGUUACAGAUGGUGAAUUGGAAGCGGUGGGAUUUUCAGCAAGUUACAACUUCACUGCAGAUCCAGACUUUGCAGACUUGGGAGUACCCCCACCUCUGCCCUCCUGUCAGUACGACAUGGUUGGUCCGGAGGGUAUCGUUGAGUCCCAUCAGAUCACCAGAGACGGGAAGGCUGGUGCUGCCGAGGCCGUCGAUUGCAAAUGGUACAUCCGCGCUCCGCCGCGCUCCAAGAUCUACCUGCGUUUUCUCGACUAUGAGAUGGCAAACUCCAACGAAUGCAAGCGCAACUUUGUGGCCGUGUACGAUGGCGGCAGCUCGGUGGAAGACUUGAAGAGCAAGUUCUGCUCCACGGUGGCCAACGACAUCAUGCUGGUGUCCACGCUGGGAGUCGUCCGCAUGUGGGCCGACGAGGCCAGCCGCAAGAGCCGCUUCCGCAUCCUUUUCACGACCUACCAAGAGCCUCCGUGUGACGCAGAUACCUUCUUCUGUCACAGCAACAUGUGCAUCAACAACACGCUGGUGUGCAAUGGGAUGCAGAACUGUGUCUACCCCUGGGAUGAGAACCAGUGUAAAGAGAAGAGGAAAGCCAACAUCCUGGACAACCUGAACAACACAAACGGGACCAUAAUUGGCGUCACCUGUUGCAUCGUCCUCAUCCUCCUCAUCGUCUCCGUCAUCGUCCAGAUCAAGCAGCCGCGUAAAAAGUACAUCUUGCGGCGCGAGGACUUUGACCCCACCAUGUUCCAAGAGGUCUUUGAGCCCCCUCACUACGAGCUGUGUACUUUGCGGAGCGCCGCCACACCCACAGCGGCCUCGGCAGAUUUAGUCGACCUCGCGGAGGACUUUGAGAACUACCACGCCCUCCGCCGUGCCUCCUCGCGCUGUGUGCACGAUCACCACUGUGGCUCCUCUCCCAACCCCGGCUCCGCACACAUAUCCCAGCUGUCGCUCAGCGGACGAGGAAGCCGCGGCAACUUGAACGCCCGCGAGGCGGCGGCCGCCACGCUCCUCACGGACCUCCCGCAGCCGCCCAUGUCGGUGCGGCCUUUGCUGCCGGCCACGGGAAACCGCAGGAGCAUCUUGGUCAUGAAGCACAGCUACUCGCAGGAAGCGGCGGACAAUGGAUGCGACCUGGACGACGACCUGGACGAAGUUCCCACCACCAGCCAUCGGCUUUCACGCCACGAAAAGGCAGUUCAGCGGUUCUGCCUCAUUGGCUCUUUGAGCAAACAUGAAUCAGAGUACAACACAACUAGGGUCUAAGAGACAAUCUCAAGACUUCUUGAGAAUAGUGCAAUCCUGGAUCAGUACGAACGGGCGUCACUGACUUAUGAGAGAGCGGAGCGGAGAUUUACACCAGCAUGAUGCUGAUGGUGGUGAUGAUGGUGAUGAUGAUGAUGAUGAUGAUGAAGGGACACUUUGACGAAAGGAUACUGAAUGUGUGUACAUUUGCAGAGAUGAACGCAGAGAUGAAAGCACUCCAGCUGCAAUGCUGUGAAGCGGGGAAGGUUGUGAAAAGCAGUCAGCGCCGUCCUCUAUGUGUAGUUUUGUGUCACUGUAAAGAUGUGAACCUUUACAAUGAACAUGAUUACUGAACUUUAGAUUAUUAGGAAACAUAUCUGUCAUCGUCAUAGACUCCUCACUGAUAACAAUGUGAUCAAGCAUCUUGUCAAACAUUUUUACGCAUGCAUUUUUUCAGAUCGGUCGCAUACAUGUUAUGAUUUUAACAGCAAAUUGUAGGUUCUUGCAAUUUGUCAAGCUUAGGACGAUUUGUUUUGAGUGGAAAUUGGAGACUAAUUACUAACCGAAUUGAAGAAACCAGACGCAGUUUAAUUUGGAUAACAAUUGUAUUCAUCGAUUAAAGUUGUAAGGCUUGUGCAUGCUUCUUCUAUAUCCAUUAAAGCAUUAACACACUAAUAUUAAACGCUUCCAUCCACUAAAACCAAAGUCAUAUGUUCAUGAGAUGUCUGUUUAAAAGCAUCUUCAGAAUGACUUUAUUGCAUUGCAUGUUAGCUAAGUCAUUGAAAAGCAUUGCGUAGAUAGAUUUCCAACUUAUUCAUUUUAUCUCCCUUUUGAAUAUGUCGACUAACUAUUUGACACACAUUUUUUUAUUUUAUUCUAACAAAGAGUACUUGCUUUUUUUGGCAAAAAAAAAUAUUUACUUCAAGUCUAUUUGACUUCUAACUCUCUUUUACUGUAGGAGCUUAAUAUCUUUGUAUUAAAACCAAGUUUUAUACUAAGGCAAAUUGAGAGGAUGACAGUUUUUACAGUUACUCAAGAUAUCUUUCAGGGCUGAUUUUACUGAUGCUUUAUAAAAUAAAUAACAAUGAAGCUUCAUCUCUUUUUUAUUUCUCCGUUUUAUUGGAUUUUAGUCAGAAGUUCAUUUGUCCAUUUAGUGUGUCCUCAGGCUGUCACAACACACCACUCACACCUCGCAAUCAAACGUUUUUAGAUGCUGCUCUUAUUUGUUGUCGCUUCAGAGGAAGAUCAGACCCAAACCGAGGGGAUUUGUUUCACCAAGCAGGCCGAUAAAAUCGGCCCCAGACAGUUUAAAUGAUUCCAGGUAAUCAAGGUAUCUGACAGACAAGUUAAUUGACUUUUUGUGUUUGCCCUGUUGAGAUUUAGCCCAUACAUACUGCAGCAGGGAAGGAGCAGCCUCGCUCUCUGAUAACCCUCACUGUUGGCAGGCUAGUUUUAAAAGAGGAGGAAAAAAAAACAAAAAAAACAACCUGCGUCAUGUGGAACGUGAGAUCAGCACCUCUGAGCACAAUGAAAUCAGCACAUUACACUAUAGAUUUAUUACGCUGUCAGUCUCACUGACAUUAACCAUCUGUGUGUACAUUAUUUUUCUGUGUUCUGUGUGUUUUCUUUACAUCCAUGCUCUCCACUCUCUUUUCCUUUCAUAGUCAUACACGACAUAUAUUCCUGCAAAUUACUGAAUAAAAUAUUUUUCUUUUCUGUA